UCUUUCCCUUCGCUGCGAACGCUCAAUUUGCUGCGAAUUGAUUUCAUUGAAGGUCCAGCUCGAAACCAGGCACGGUGUUGGGCGGUUGACGUGCUCCCGUGCGUGAGAGGGCGUUUUGUUGUCGUCCCGCGACGGUUGACCGUUUUCGAAGAUAGCCGAACGGAAGGUACUGUGGAGAACGUGAAGCAAAAAAAAGGUUAUUACUUGCUCGAGUGGAAUUUAAAUAGUUGUGCCCUAAUCGUGUCGCAAUCUAAUCAGCACCGUUUUUUUAUUGUCGUUGUUGUAUCACCACUGGUUCGUUCGUGUUGGAUUCGUAAGUUUUCAAACCCACCAGGAUUUCCACCACCCAAGCGAAACGUGGCCGUGAGUGAAAAAGGUAAACGGUAGCCAGCAGCAGCAGUAACAACAACAAAACCACAUAAGUCGGUCACGAAAAACUCUGUUGUGCUUCCAAGGUUUGGGAUUUUAUUUGUGUGUGGCCUAAUGCCUCCCUGGGACGCGCCUAGGUGGUGCAGUGUGAAUGUGCGCGUGUGACCAGUGUGUGGUGCGAACACUAGUGAUGAUUUAGACGCGCCAUCGAACCGCCCUGCAGAGUCGCCCAGUGCAGUGGACGCGGAUGGGACGGCGAGUCCAGAACGCCACCAACGCCGCGCCCCGGUUGCGAACGUCCCGGGCCCCUUUCGAGCCGAUUCCGCCCUGCCGGAAUUGCGGUACGAGCGCCUCGCCCCGGACGAAACCACUGCAACCAAACAAACUCAAACGACAGCGUGCAGAAACGGCCAUCAAGCAGCAGCAGUAGCAGUAGAAGACCUGGGACAAUCAACGGGACAGUGGGAACGCGUUGGGACGGGUUGGUCCGAAACAGAAAAGCAACACGUACGCGCCUAGUCUGCGUGUCCCCCAGUGCAGAACGGUGUGUGUGUGUGUGUGGGGGAGUGUGAGAGAGACAGAGGUAGAGGAGGGCGGGGGUAAAGUAAAGGAAACCAGACACCAGAGGCUCUCAACACCACGUCCACGGAAUACGGAAGCGAACGACGGACAGCGCAAUGGCAGAGCGUGAUUACAUCGGGUUCGCCACGCUGGCGGAGCAGGUGCACCGCAAAUCGGUGAAGCGUGGCUUCGAGUUCACGCUGAUGGUGUGCGGCGAAACCGGCCUCGGCAAGUCGACGCUCAUCAACACGCUCUUCCUGACCGAGCUGUACGCCCAGCGGUCGGUGCCGCCGGUCGAGCAGCGGAUCGAGAAGACGACCCGCAUCGAGAAGAAGACGCUCGACAUCGAGGAGCGGGUGAAGCUGCGGCUGACGAUCGUCGACACGCCCGGCUUCGGCGACGCGGUCAACUGCGAGGACAGCUGGCGCGUCUGCACGCAGUACAUCGACGAGCAGUUCCGCCAGUACUUUACCGACGAGAGCGGGCUGAACCGGCGCAACAUACAGGACAACCGGGUGCACUGCCUGCUGUACUUCGUGCCACCGUACGGGCACAGCUUGCGCCAGCUCGACAUCGAUCUGCUGCGGCGGAUGCACAAGAAGGUGAACAUCAUACUGGUGAUCGGGAAGGCGGACACGCUCACGCCGAAGGAGGUGAAGGCGCUGAAGGGCCGCAUCCUGGACGACAUCGAGACGCACGGCAUCCAGAUCUACCGCUUCCCGGACUGCGACUCGGACGAGGACGAGGAGUUCAAGCAGCAGGACCGCGACCUGAAGGCCAGCCUGCCGUUCGCGGUCGUCGGCAGCAACCAGGUGAUGGAGGUGGCCGGCCGCAAGAUCCGGUGCCGCCAGUACCCCUGGGGCGUGGUGGAUGUGGAAAACCCCGAACACAGCGACGUGGUGAAGCUGCGCACGAUGCUCAUCUCGACGCACAUGCAGGACCUGAAGGAUACGACGCGCGACGUACACUACGAAAACUAUCGCGCCCAGUGCAUCUCGCAGAUCUCGCAGCACGCGCUGCGCGAGCGCAACAAGCUGAAGCGCGAAUCGACCGCCUCGAACCACGAGUUCUCCGACACGGACCGGUUGCUGCUGCAGAAGGAUGAGGAGAUCCGCCGCAUGCAAGACAUGCUGGCGCAGAUGCAGGAAAAGCUAAACUCUACCAGCGUCAACGAUUCGGUCAUCGAUGUUUAGUGCGUGGCAGCAGUGGACGUGGAUGCGCUGCCGGACUAGAUUGUCAAAACCCCACUCACCCGCUCCAUUAAUACCCGCCGGUCUCUUGGUCCACGUGGCAGUUUCCCUCGCCAAAGUAAACAAAAAACACAACCUCCAUACGCAACGACCAAAAAAAAAACGCCAGCAGACAGGUAGAUCUUUUUUGUUUUUUAUUUGUUUUUUUUUUCCUGGGAGGGAAAAAAGGGCCACGUGUUCGUGUUCCAACCGACAAACGGAGACGUUAGAAACGUUGCGAUAGAGAAAAAAAAGGAAACAGAUAGAGAGAGAUAGAAUGAGAGGAAUAAAAGUGUGUAGACUCGUAGACAUCCGCCUAGUGGCGGGAAAAGCGCUCCGCCAUUCGUAGGAUCCGUUCCCGUAGCGAGCGUGUAGCAGCGUUACAGCACACCACAAGUAAUACAAAUUUAGUCGAUUUAACUGGGUAAAAGUAUUCGAAGCAAAAACGUUAACAUUCGUACCCGCAGUGACAGGCGCUGGACCGAAGAUGAUCAUUAUUUAGUUGUACCGCGGUUCGGGUGGUUCGCACAGUUGCGCUGGGUAGUUUCCUGGGCUUCGCUCAACGACAAGACAGUAGGGUUGCCACUACUACGAAAACUAUUCAUUCCCUUACCAACUCGAUUUUCGCGCGCAGUAAGGAAAGCAAACGAUAAAACGCGUUGCAACCUUGGUCCGGCUUACGCGUGAAGCAAAUUCGACCAAAGAGAGGAACCACGUGGCUAGGACACAGGACCAUCAAGCACCACGUGUGUGCCCAAUAUAGUAAACUUUGUUGGAUUGCUUGCUUCACCACACCACCGCCGUUCCGUUUUUGGGUCAGUUUGGAAGUCCAGCCUCCAGUCCAGUGGGCAUGCAACCGCCCACAUUGCAAGGGAAGGGCAUUUGAGCGCUUGUGUGUGUGUGUGUGUGGUGGGCGUUCUUCUCGGAGCGUUAUUUUUCCCUUUUUUGUUUGUUUGCUUGUUUUGUAAUGUAAUUGUAGGCUUAGAUAUUUGUAUACACGACGGUAGAAUUAAUGCAAUUAUUUAUAUGGAAAUCGGUAGGCGAGGAAGAGUGGACAACUAGGUCCGGGUGUUGCGUACGGUAAGAGGCUCCCGCCCCCUGACCCACCUCAGUGUUAAGGGCCCGGAAAGCGUUUGCAAUCAACCAAAAACCCAAAUGUAAGACAACUCAGUUACCACCACCAAAACGGGAGGAAAGAAACACAAUUAGUGUGUAUGCAUGUGUGUGUGAGUGUGUUAGUGGGUUCGAAGAACCUCACUGGACAAAACAAAAAAAGAAAGAAAAAUAGAAACAGAAAAGCGCCACGCGAGAGAAGAUUCAGCAGGGCAGCUGAGGUAAAGGUCGCGCCGUAAAGCAAUCAAAAGUCAAAGAAAGAAGAAAAAAUGUCACGCGCGCGCCGCCGUUCACGCAAAACUGUUACGGAUAUUAUAGGUUUCGUGUUUUGUUUUCCUGUUUUCCUUUCGGUUCGGUUCCGAUUCAAUUUUUAACACGUGUGUACCACCCACAGUAUUUCAAGGAAGGGCGCGCGCGCGCGCUCUCGUAGACAGGAGCAGUUCGAAUGCAGUCGACAAAAUUUCAAAGAUACGCUAAUUUGUAACCAGUGAACGGGGGGGUGGGAGAUGGAGCAAGGGCGCACAGCACGUGCUGUCUGCUGAGCCCAAGUUUUGCUCUCUAAGCUGCCGUGUGUGUAGUUUUUGAAGCAACGGACGGAAACAAAACCCGUAGAUUCUCUCUACCAGCAAGCUAAGAAAUAAAACACACUCAAUACAUA